CCGCCGCCAAGCUGCGAUGUGGCCGGCCGGCGUGUAAACACUUGGAGCAGCAGCGGCCGCGGCCGCCCCGGCCCGGGGCAGUGAGCAAGCCAGCCGAGACCUUCCCGCCGCUGCCAUGGCCGAAGUGCGCAAAUUCACCAAGCGGCUCAGCAAGCCCGGCACGGCGGCCGAGCUCCGACAGAGCGUGUCGGAGGCCGUGCGGGGCUCCGUAGUGCUGGAAAAGACCAAAGUUGUUGAGCCCUUGGACUAUGAGAAUGUUAUCACCCAAAGAAAAACCCAGAUUUACAGCGACCCCCUCCGAGAUCUGCUUAUGUUUCCAAUGGAAGAUAUAUCUAUCUCGGUGAUAAGUCGUCAACGCAGAACGGUGCAGUCCACUGUACCAGAAGAUGGUGAGAAGAGGGCCCAGAGUUUGUUUGUCAAAGAGUGUAUUAAAACUUAUAGCACAGAUUGGCAUGUGGUAAACUACAAGUAUGAAGACUUCUCUGGGGACUUUCGAAUGUUGCCAUGCAAAUCUCUGCGACCAGAAAAGAUUCCCAAUCAUGUAUUUGAGAUUGAUGAGGACUGUGAGAAGGAUGAGGAUUCCUCAUCUUUAUGUUCUCAGAAGGGCGGUGUGAUAAAACAAGGCUGGUUGCAUAAAGCCAAUGUAAAUAGCACCAUCACGGUUACCAUGAAGGUGUUCAAGAGACGGUAUUUUUACUUAACUCAGCUUCCCGAUGGUUCGUAUAUUCUCAAUUCCUAUAAAGAUGAGAAAAAUUCAAAAGAAUCUAAAGGUUGCAUCUACUUGGACGCCUGCAUUGAUGUUGUCCAGUGCCCCAAAAUGCGCCGUCAUGCUUUCGAACUCAAGAUGUUAGAUAAGUAUAGCCAUUAUCUGGCUGCUGAAACUGAGCAGGAAAUGGAGGAAUGGUUGAUAACUUUGAAAAAGAUUAUUCAGAUCAAUACCGACAGUUUAGUGCAAGAGAAAAAGGAGACGGUAGAGGCCGCACAAGAUGAUGAAACUAGCAGCCAAGGAAAAGCCGAGAACAUCAUGGCCAGCUUGGAACGGAGCAUGCAUCCGGAACUGAUGAAGUAUGGAAGAGAAACUGAACAGCUGAACAAACUCAGUAGAGGAGAUGGAAGACAGAACCUCUUUUCUUUUGACUCGGAAGUUCAGAGGUUGGACUUUUCCGGAAUUGAACCUGAUAUAAAGCCAUUUGAGGAAAAGUGCAAUAAACGUUUCCUGGUAAAUUGCCAUGAUUUAACGUUCAAUAUCUUGGGUCAAGUUGGAGACAAUGCAAAAGGACCACCCACAAACGUUGAACCCUUUUUUAUAAAUCUUGCCUUAUUUGAUGUGAAGAACAAUUGUAAGAUUUCAGCUGACUUCCACGUAGACCUGAAUCCCGCAUCUGUCCGUGAAAUGCUGUGGAGCCCUUCAACCCAACUGGCUAGUGAUGGAAACUCAAGAGGUUCUUCACCGGAGUCUUUCAUUCAUGGAAUUGCUGAAUCUCAGUUACGCUACAUAAGGCAGGGAAUUUUCUCAGUGACGAAUCCACAUCCUGAAAUUUUCCUGGUCGCGAGAAUUGAAAAGGUGCUCCAGGGAAACAUCACGCACUGUGCGGAACCCUACGUCAAAAAUUCCGACCCGGCAAAGACAGCCCAGAAGGUGCACAGGACAGCUAAGCAAGUGUGUAGCCGCCUUGGACAAUACAGAAUGCCCUUUGCUUGGGCUGCCAGACCCAUUUUCAAAGAUAUUCAAGGUUCUCUGGACCUGGAUGGGAGAUUUUCUCCUUUGUAUAAACAAGACAGUAGCAAGCUUUCAAACGAAGACAUUCUCAAGUUGCUCUCAGAAUACAAGAAGCCAGAGAAGACCAAAUUGCAGAUUAUUCCUGGGCAGCUAAACAUCACAGUAGAAUGUGCUCCUGUGGAUUUAUCAAACUGUAUUACGUCUUCAUAUGUGCCCCUGAAGCCUUUUGAAAAGAAUUGUCAAAAUAUUACUGUGGAAGUUGAAGAGUUUGUUCCAGACAUGACAAAAUAUUGUUAUCCAUUUACCGUUUACAAAAACCAUCUAUAUGUAUAUCCCUUGCAGUUAAAAUACGAUAGCCAGAAAACAUUUGCCAAGGCAAGGAACAUCGCGGUCUGUGUGGAAUUCCGGGAUUCGGAUGAAAGUGAUGCUAGCGCUGUAAAGUGUAUUUAUGGAAAACCUGCGGGGCCUGUUUUUACCGCAAACGCUUACGCUGUUGUCUCGCAUCACAACCAAAAUCCAGAGUUCUAUGAUGAGAUUAAAAUUGAGCUUCCCAUUCACCUGCAUCAAAAACAUCAUUUGCUAUUCACUUUUUAUCAUGUAAGCUGUGAAAUUAACACAAAGGGAACAACCAAAAAGCAGGAUACAGUUGAAACUCCAGUUGGCUUUGCCUGGGUACCUUUGCUGAAGGAUGGUAGAAUCAUCACGUUUGAGCAGCAGCUGCCAGUUUCCGCUAAUCUUCCCCCAGGCUACUUGAACCUGAAUGAUGCCGAAUCAAGAAGGCAGUCUAAUGUGGAUAUUAAGUGGGUAGAUGGUGCAAAGCCUUUGUUGAAGAUUAAAAGUCACUUGGAGUCUACCAUUUAUACUCAAGAUCUACAUGUGCACAAAUUCUUCCAUCAUUGCCAGCUGAUUCAGUCAGGCUCAAAAGAAGUUCCAGGGGAGCUCAUUAAAUAUUUAAAGUGUUUGCAUGCCAUGGAGAUCCAAGUCAUGAUACAGUUUCUGCCUGUAAUUCUUAUGCAACUCUUCCGAGUCCUCACAAAUAUGACCCAUGAAGAUGACGUGCCUAUCAACUGCACCAUGGUUCUCUUACAUAUCGUAUCAAAGUGCCAUGAAGAAGGCUUGGAUAAUUAUUUAAGAUCCUUCAUAAAGUAUAGCUUCCGACCUGAAAAACCCAGUACUCCUCAGGCCCAGCUGAUACAUGAAACUCUGGCUACUACGAUGAUAGCGGUAUUGAAACAGUCUGCAGACUUUUUAGCAAUAAACAAACUGCUAAAGUACUCAUGGUUUUUCUUUGAAAUUAUUGCAAAGUCUAUGGCCACAUACUUGUUGGAAGAGAAUAAAAUUAAGCUUCCCAGAGGCCAGAGAUUUUCUGAGGCAUAUCAUCAUGUCUUACAUUCAUUGCUUCUUGCAAUAAUUCCUCACGUGACUAUUCGCUAUGCAGAGAUUCCUGACGAGUCCAGAAACAUCAAUUAUAGUUUGGCUAGCUUCCUGAAGCGCUGUCUGACACUAAUGGAUAGAGGAUUUGUUUUCAAUUUGAUAAAUGACUAUAUAUCUGGAUUCAGCCCCAAAGAUCCUAAGGUCCUGGCUGAAUACAAGUUUGAAUUUCUGCAAACAGUUUGCAAUCACGAACAUUACAUUCCUCUGAAUUUGCCAAUGGCAUUUGCAAAACCUAAACUUCAGCGAGUUCAAGAUUUUUUUUCAUUUGCGGUGGACCGUUUGACUUCAGUAGAUUCAAAUCUUGAAUACAGUUUAUCAGAUGAGUAUUGCAAGCAUCACUUCUUGGUUGGUCUACUUCUGAGGGAAACCUCCAUUGCUCUUCAAGACAAUUAUGAUAUCAGAUAUACAGCUAUCUCUGUCAUAAAGAAUCUUUUGAUAAAACAUGCAUUUGACACUAGAUACCAGCAUAAGAACCAACAAGCCAAAAUAGCACAAUUGUACCUCCCAUUUGUUGGACUGCUUUUGGAAAAUAUACAGCGACUAGCAGGUCGAGAUACCUUGUAUUCUUGUGCAGCCAUGCCUAAUUCUGCAUCCAGAGACGAGUUUGCAUGUGGCUUCGCUUCACCUACAAGUAGAGGGAGUCUGAGCACUGACAAAGACACCGCUUAUGGGUCUUUUCAAAAUGGACAUGGAAUUAAGAGGGAAGAUUCGAGAGGUUCCCUCAUCCCAGAAGGAGCAACAGGAUUUCCAGAUCAGGGCAGCACUGGUGAAAAUACUCGGCAGAGUUCUGCAAGGAGUAGUGUAUCUCAGUAUAACCGAUUGGAUCAGUAUGAAAUCAGAAGCCUCUUGAUGUGCUAUUUGUAUAUAGUAAAAAUGAUUUCUGAAGAUACACUCUUAACCUACUGGAAUAAAGUAUCUCCUCAGGAGCUCAUAAACAUCCUUAUACUUCUAGAAGUAUGUUUGUUUCACUUUAGAUAUAUGGGGAAAAGAAACAUAGCAAGGGUGCAUGAUGCCUGGAUGUCAAAACACUUCGGAAUAGACCGAAAAUCGCAAACCAUGCCAGCUCUUCGAAACAGAUCAGGAAUAAUGCAGGCCCGGCUUCAGCAUCUUAGUAGCCUGGAAAGUUCAUUUACACUUAAUCACAGUUCUGCAACAACUGAAGCAGACAUUUUCCAUCAGGCACUUCUUGAAGGCAAUACUGCUACUGAAGUUUCCCUAACAGUACUAGAUACCAUAUCAUUUUUCACCCAGUGCUUCAAGAGCCAACUUUUAAAUAAUGAUGGCCACAACCCGUUAAUGAAAAAAGUAUUUGAUAUUCAUCUUGCUUUUCUUAAAAAUGGGCAAUCUGAAGUGUCGCUGAAACAUGUCUUUGCCUCACUGCGAGCUUUCAUUAGUAAGUUUCCCUCAGCCUUUUUCAAAGGAAGGGUAAACAUGUGUGCUGCAUUUUGCUAUGAGGUUUUAAAGUGCUGCACAUCAAAGAUUAGCUCAACCAGGAAUGAAGCCUCUGCACUUUUGUAUCUUCUGAUGAGAAACAACUUUGAGUAUACCAAAAGGAAAACCUUUUUGAGGACACAUCUGCAGAUUAUCAUUGCUGUAAGCCAGCUGAUAGCUGAUGUAGCACUAAGCGGAGGAUCAAGAUUUCAGGAGUCUUUAUCCAUUAUCAGUAAUUUUGCAAAUAGUGACAGACCCAUGAAGGCAACUGCUUUUCCCACAGAAGUUAAAGACUUGACCAAGAGAAUCCGUACUGUUCUUAUGGCCACUGCUCAAAUGAAGGAGCAUGAGAAAGACCCCGAAAUGCUAAUUGAUCUCCAGUAUAGCUUAGCCAAGUCCUAUGCAAGUACCCCAGAGCUCAGGAAAACCUGGCUUGAUAGCAUGGCAAAGAUUCAUAUAAAAAAUGGAGAUUUUUCAGAGGCAGCAAUGUGUUAUGUCCAUGUAGCAGGUUUGGUUGCAGAGUUUCUUCAUCGAAAAAAGUUAUUCCCUAGUGGAUGUUCAGCCUUCAAGAAAAUUACUCCCAAUAUAGAUGAAGAAGGAGCAAUGAAAGAAGAUGCUGGAAUGAUGGACGUCCAUUAUAGUGAAGAAGUUUUGCUGGAGUUGCUAGAACAAUGUGUGGAUGGCUUAUGGAAAGCAGAACGUUAUGAAGUAAUUUCUGAAAUUUCCAAGUUGAUCAUUCCAAUUUAUGAGAAACGUCGAGAAUUCGAGAAACUUACUCAAGUUUAUAGAACUCUUCAUGGAGCUUACACAAAAAUUUUGGAGGUUAUGCACACAAAGAAAAGACUUUUAGGCACUUUCUUCAGAGUUGCCUUUUAUGGCCAAUCUUUUUUUGAAGAAGAGGAUGGGAAGGAGUACAUCUAUAAAGAGCCAAAGCUCACCGGCCUCUCGGAGAUUUCCCUGAGACUUGUUAAACUUUAUGGUGAAAAAUUUGGUACAGAGAAUGUCAAAAUAAUUCAGGAUUCAGACAAGGUAAAUGUCAAAGAGCUUGAUCCCAAAUAUGCUCAUAUCCAAGUCACUUAUGUGAAGCCCUACUUUGAUGACAAAGAACUCACAGAAAGAAAAACUGAGUUUGAAAGAAACCAUAAUAUCAACAGAUUUGUUUUUGAGGCUCCUUAUACAUUAUCAGGCAAAAAGCAAGGCUGUAUAGAAGAACAGUGCAAACGCCGUACAAUCUUGACUACUUCAAACUCGUUUCCAUAUGUGAAGAAGAGGAUCCCUAUAAACUAUGAACAGCAGAUUAAUUUAAAGCCAAUUGAUGUUGCUACUGAUGAAAUAAAAGAUAAAACUGCAGAGCUGCAGAAGCUUUGCUCUUCUGCUGACGUGGACAUGAUUCAGCUCCAACUUAAAUUGCAGGGCUGUGUUUCAGUGCAGGUAAAUGCAGGGCCGUUAGCAUAUGCAAGGGCUUUCUUAAAUGACAGUCAAGCUAGCAAGUAUCCACCUAAGAAAGUAAAUGAGUUGAAAGACAUGUUUAGGAAGUUCAUCCAAGCAUGCAGCAUUGCACUGGAACUAAACGAGCGGCUAAUUAAAGAGGAUCAGAUCGAGUACCAUGAAGGGCUAAAGUCAAAUUUCAGAGACAUGGUAAAAGAAUUGUCUGACAUUAUUCACGAGCAGAUCUUACAAGAAGACACAAUGCAUUCUCCCUGGAUGAGCAACACAUUACAUGUAUUUUGUGCGAUUAGUGGCACGUCGAGUGACAGAGGUUAUGGUUCCCCAAGAUACGCUGCUGAGAUAUGAGGACAUGCAGAUGUAAAGUGAUAACAAGAACGAACCUUCUCAGGAAUAUUUUGAGCUGUGCAAAUGUUAAAAUUUAAAGAUUUGAUAUACAUGGAGUGUUUUCUUCCUGACACCAAAAUUUUCAUGCUUUCAAACAGGGUGCUUACAUAUUUGUAAAUAUUUAAGCAACUUGAAAGUGCCUGGAAAAUUGCACCACUGUGCUUGGUUUGUACUUUUUUAGGUAAAUCUAUAUACUGAGAAGUAGAGCUCAAAAACGUUAAUUCGAUUUGCUCAACUGUUGCUUAAAAUAAUAAUGGUACUGUGUAAAAUUGUAUAAUGGAACACAAUAAAAGGUAAAACUUAUUUGUAAUUAGAAGUGAAGGAAAUAAUACUUUGAACUUAGCAUUUUUCUUGGCAGGAAGCUAAAUUUAUUAUCAUACUAAUCCUUGGAGGAAAAAAAUUGAUAAAAUUUCCAUAAAACAUGGAUACUUCCAAUUGGGGAGAUGAUUUGAAAUCUUGCCUACCAGUGGUCAAGACUGGGCUAAGGGAAGCAAAAGCACUAUUUAAAAAGGAAAAUUUCACACAGAAAGGAUAUAUAUAGAAAUACCAGGGUUACCGAUCCUUCAAGUUUUGAUCCAGUGAUGCUAGGUACUCCAGUUGGUCUCUCUGACAUACAAGACAAGGGAUUCCUUUGUGGCAUAGGUUUGCCUAGCAAGCAACGUUCGUUGCCAGAGCUUCAUCAGCUGAGGCUAUCUAUAGAGCUAAACAAAACAUCUCUGAGAUUUGCAGUCAGUGCAACUCCAAAGCUUUAGCAGCAGAUUCUGAGGGUAGGGAUUUUGUAAUGAUCAUUUACAAUGAUCAUCAGUUUACAAGUUUAACAAGCAUUUCGAUAGAACUUGAUGGUUGCAGCGUUUCUUGGGUGGGUAUACGUAAGCACCACAGAUUUAGCAACUGCUAGCUAGGGAUUACAUCUCUAACUAUGAAGAAGCCUCAGACUACCUAAAUAAUUCAGGAGAAACCAAGAUGCGAAGAACUUUUUUAGCUUGAAUUAUCCAUAUAAUUUUGGCUGCCUUUCAUGUAAACUUUAAGUCCUAGACUUAUUUUUCUUAUGUAGUUUAGCUUAUUUUACAGACCAAAAAGAAAAGGGAAAACAGACACUGAAAUAUAUAAAUGGGUCGCAUGGAGCCUUGGCUUUUUAAAUGCUUUGUGAUCGAGUAAACCUUAGAGAUUAUGCGCCUGGCUUGGCCAUUUUUCUUUACAUGUCAUUUUUAAGCUUUCAGGGGAGCAUGAAAUUAUUUAUGAAAUGUUAAUUUUGUAUUUAAUAGGGGAUUCAGAAAUUUCAGAGGCAGUUUGUAAUUCCUUAAUAUCUUGGGGUAACUGGAGAGUUAGUUUCACCUUUAAAGUGAUUAUAUUUGGCAUGUAUAUGUAAAGAACCGUCACCUAGAGAGAGUGCUGCCUUCUGAGAAUGAGGCAUCUUGGGGAAACUUCAGUGCUCUUUUGUCAAUAACUAGUCCCUAUCAUGUCCCCCAGCAAAGUAUUGUGCCCUGUGGAUAAUUUUUUAAAGUACAACAAAUGACCCCUGCCCUCAAGGAACUUGCAAUCUAGUUGAGGAGGCAAGAUAGACACAAAAUUAAAUAAAACAAGAAUUAACAAUAUAAGACAAGAAAAGUUGUAUAUGAACAUUGACAAAUGAAGGACAUUGCCCAUAGCUCAUAUCACAUUCAAGGAAUGAGAGGCCACUGUGAGUUGUAAUGUUCAGGGAUGGUUUCAUGGGCAAAGUAAGCCUUGAACAGGCUUUCAAAGGUGAGAGGGUGUUCUAGGCAGGAGGAACAUCAUAAGCAAAGGUGCAAAAAGAAUUUGCAGAAGUUCAGGGGAUGAUGAGACCAGUUUUGUUCAGGGGAGUAGUGGAAAGAAAGUUCAGACCUAGAUUUUGGAAGGCCUUGAAUACCAGGCUAAUAGUAUUUGGACUUUAGUCAGUAAAUAUGAGGGAGCCAGUCCAGGUUUUUGAACAGAGAGACUACUUGAUUAAAUGUUAUUUUUAGUUAUGAGUCCAUAAACCCAUAGAUGUGAACAAGAAUGGAGAAGAAAGGACAAGUACAAGAGGUACUCCGUGGAAAGACUGGACAUGACUUAUUGAUGGCUAAGGAGAAAAGAGGAAAAGUUAAAGAGAAUUUUGUGUUCUGUGGCCGGUGAGUUCUCCGGGUCAUAGCACAAUUUCACUAGAUUUUUUUUCACCAACUUUCAGACUGAGGUCAGAAAGCUAUAUACAGAGAACAAGGUGGGCUAGACUAGAGAAAGCCAGCAAAAUGUGUUUUGAAACACUGCAUAUAUUAGGUGUUACUGUUUAUAUAGUUUAAUGAUUUCAUGAAGUGAUUUGGCCUCUACAGAUUAAUUCACAUCAAAGAGUACGUUUCUGCUCUACUGAUUAUUUUUGCAGUUAAGCUUGAGUCCAAUUUCCCCUGGAAGCUCUUGUUUCGAUAGUCUUUGACCAUAUUGUAAAAUGUGAAUAAAGUCACCAUUAGUAGUGUUAGUUUAUCACUACAGUGAUAACCCGUAGAGAAAGUAAGCAAUUCCAUGUAGGUUUUCCAAGUAACCAGUGCACCAAUGGCAUCCUGUCUCUAGAUGGGAUUGUUAUUGUUACCAUGUGAUUUGACUGCUUAUAAUAAAUACUGUCAACGUCUUUUUAGAAAUGAAACAAAGAGCAGCAGUGGUAGCAACAGCCUUGGAACCUUGACCAACGUAUCAUAGAACUAGAGAUGACUCACUGGUUAAUUAACAAACUAAAUAGGUCAGCAUAAUAAAAACCCAAGCCUUUGAUUAUAAAUACUGGUUUAUCUGAAAUGCAGAACCUGAGCAAUGUAUUGGAAUAAUAGGAAAUUUCCAAACUCUUGAAAAUAUUAAUAAUCAGACACAUAUCUCAGGCUUGUGAUCCACAAAAUGGUGGGCUACCUUCAGUCUUGUUCUAACAGUAUAUACUACUUCAGCUAUCAAAACACAGGGGGGAAAAAAAAACCACAGGGGAAAGGAGUAGAGUAAAAGGGGUGGGGAGUGUGGGUUUGUGUAGCAAGGCUAUUCCCCUGUCCUGGGAUUUGGCCUGUAAGAGUGCUUUGUUCAUCUGGUUCCGGUUACAAUAAUGCUUUUUUUCUAGUCCCAAACCACGUAAUGGUUACUUGAAGAAAAGUGUAUAUGUAUGUUUAUCCAACUCCUGAUUGAACUUGUGACUAAAUCCUUCAAAGAUUUUGCCUCUGUGUAUGGCAUCUUAAAACUUUUUCCAACAUGCUUUUUUCUCUUCUGUUUUCCUCUUUAUUGAGCUGUGGUUCACACACCGUACAAUUCACCCAUUUGAAAUGCACAAUUCAAGGGUUUUUAAUAUAUUCAGAGUUGUGCAACCAUCACCACAAUUAAUUUUAGAAAUUUUCAUCACUCCAAAAAGAAACCGCAUACACAUUAGCAGUCACUCCCCAUUGCCCACCAACCAGCCCCCAGCCCCUGACAAUCAGUAAUCAACUUUCUGUAUCUAUAGAUCUGUAUUCUGGACAUUUCAUAUAAAUAGAAUCACACAAUAUGUGGCCUUCUGUGGAACUGGCUUCUUUCAUUUAGCAUAAUAUUCUCAAGGCUCAUCCAUGUUGUAGCAUGUAUCAGAAUUUCACUCCUUUUUAAUGGCUGAAUAAUAUUCCUUUUGUAUAGAUACACCACAUUUAAUCUGUUCAUCAGUUGAUGGACAUUUGGGUUAUUUUCGCUUUGGGGCUAUUAUUGAUAAUGUUGCUAUGAACACUCACGUACAAGUUUUUGUGUGGAUAUGUUUUCAUUUGUCUUGGGCAUAUACCUAGGAGUUGAAUUACUGGGUCAUAUGGUAACUCUACGUUUAGCCUUUUGAAGGACUGCCAGACUGUUUCCCGCAGCAGCUGCACCACUUUACAGUGCCGGCAGCAGUAAAUAAGGAUUCCAAUUUCUCAGUAUUCUCAGCAACACUUGUUAUUAUCUGCCUCUUUGAUUAUCACCUUCCUGGUGGGUGUGAAGUGGUAUCUCAUUGGGGUUUUUGUUUGCAUUUCCCAAAUGGCUAAUGAAGUUGAUCAUUCUUUCAUGUGUUUGUUGACUGUUUUUAUGUUCUUUGGAGAUAAAUCUAUUCAGAUUCUUUACCCAUUUUUAAA